ACUAAUGCAAAUUGAAAGCCAGAACUUACCAAUCAGAAUCUUUGGGGGCGGGGUCUAGGAACUUGGGUUUUAACAAGUCUUCCAGGGGAUCCUUAUGCUGGCUAAUGUAGGAACCAUGCAUUAGAUGACAAGAGAACGCCAAACCAGGACAGAAGGCACUACCAGGAAUCUGGGACCGCCACCGAAAUUUUAAAUGUAUGACCAAGGAACCAGAGUCCGAGGCUAGAGCCAGAGACACCCCAAGGAGCAUCUUUUAUUUAUUCAUCAUGAGGCUUGCCCUCUCCAAGAAAUUAAGGUGGUCGAAUGGACAGAGAGAGGACCAAUCGUUUCAACUAAUGACUCUAUACAUAUGCCCCCUCCCUUCACACCCUGGGGAGGAAGGAAAACUAAUUAACAUUUCUUUAGGCUAUGAAGUCUUUCCGUUGUGCCUGGGCCCAGAGAAAUUAUGCAUAAACACCAACCGACAAACUUGGGCUUUCGGCCUGCCUCCAAAAGAAGAAUUUCGGACAUUGCUUGGAUUAUUUACUGCCCUUUCUUUGUCUGUAAACCAUGUUUAUACUACUGAGACUUUAGGGAAAGAGUUAGGAAAAAAUAAAAAAAUAUUAUACAAAGGGUUUACUUAUAAAAACUUUACUUAUACUCCUGUUCAUUGGGACAAAUGUCAAGCCAAAUCAAAAAAAUCAAUGUUUGUGGCUAAUCAUACAAUUGUUGAUUGGGGACUCCAUGGUAUGUGGUUAUCUGAUGGCUCAGAUGAUAUUAACAACACUGUGUGUGAUAUGGAAGUCACUGACACUACGAUGGAACAUUACUAUGACAAAGGACUUCUUGAGUGGCUUGACGGUGGAUUAGCCCUACCUCAUCCUAGGAUCGUCUUCGAUAAACAGAGUGGGCCUGAACAAUGGGACAUUUGGAAACUUGCUGCGAAUACCAGAACACCGAAGAACUUAAAACUUGGACCAGACAUUUCAUAGGGACCAGUCGUGGUCAUAGUAACUCUUUCUUUCGCUAUAAUCAGUCAUAUUUUAUACAGGCCUGUGUCCCACUUCCUUUUGUUAUAGCCAUAGAAAAUUUACAGUUUAUUAAGACUUUUACGUUCUGGAACUUGUAUUAAUUGCAAACUAUAUACUUGUCUUAAAAAAAAAAAGAAGUCAAGAAGUAGAUACAGAAUGGUAGCUGGAAGGGGUAUCAGUGGUAGAAGAAGGUGUCUGUGGGUGGAAAGAUUUACAGACCAAGAGGAAGGAAGAUGUGAGUGGAGGUGAUUGAUGACUCAGCAAAGGGAGACAGGAACUGGUUCAGAGAGCCAGUGAAGGGGCCAACCUCUGAGAAGGUGGAAGACUGCCACUGCUUCUGAAAAAGGCAAGAGGAGGUGAUGGCUGGUAAUAAUGCAGAGAGAUUUGAAGUACAGAGAAAUUGACAAAGACCCUAUUGCAUGCCCUCCCUUGAUUUUCUCAGGAUAAUAGCAGGAUGAAGGUCUCUACAGAUGAUACUUAAGAAAACUCUGAUUUAAAAAAUGAUGUCAGAUAAAAUGAUGGUUUGCCACUACUGAAACAGGGAACAGGGGACCAAACUUCACCUCAUUUAGCACAUUCAUUUCUUGUAGGCAGUCAGUAACAAUGACAGGUAGUCAAGACUGGGAUAUAAUUAGUGUGAAAUUUCUCUCUGUGACACUGUCAGGAAAAGGAGGUCUUGUUUGAUAAAAGAGCACUGACGUAGGCUGUUUUCAUUGACUACUUUUAUUGGAACAAAGCAAUUGCUUCAUGCCUUCAUGUUCCUAUAGGAUCAACCAAAGGUUCAAGACAGUUGGAAAAAAAGGACAUCUUCCCUCCCAAAGUGAUGUAUGUAGUCACUGACUUUCUUAGACCAGGAAGUCACUUGUGAUUCCUGGUUACUUGUGGCAAUCAGAUGCUGCUCUAACUAACAUCACCAACUAUAUUGUUCUAGUCAGUCUAACAUCUGCUUCUAAUUUAUUACUCAAAAUUUGCUUUUGCACACUUUCUUUGUCUUCCCAAUAUUCUCUGAGACACUAAUUUUUUCUCAUUCUUUUCUUAUUGGCAAUCAUUUCUGUUUUUCAGGAAUUCUCCUACUCAGGAACUCACUCUUUGUAUUAGUUAUUGCUGAAUAUCAAAAUUACCCCCAAAUUUAGAUGCUUAAAGUAACAAACAUUUAUUAUCUCAUAGUUACUGUGUCAAGAGUCUGGGAACAGAUUAGUUGGUGGCUUUGGCUUAAGGCUUCUCACAAGGCUGCAAAGGAGUCCUGGCUUGAGCUGCAGUCUCAUCUGAAAGCUCUCCUGGAGGAGCAUCAACUUCCAUAUUGAGUCCUCCAUGGGGCAGCUCAAACCUGGUAGCUGGCUUCCUCAGCAAGAGAGGCAAGAAAGAAGUCAGUCUUUUUGUAACUUAAUCUUAGAAGUGACAUCUCAUCACUUUUGCCAUAUUCUAUUCAUUAGAAAUAAGUCACUAGGUACAUCCCACAUUCAAGUAGAGGGAGAAACUUGAAUAUCAAGAGGUGAGUGGGGCUUCCCUGGGGGUCCAGUGGCUAAGACUUCAUACUCUCUACACUGGGGGCCCAGGUUUGAACACUGAUCAGGUAACUAGAUCCCACAUGCUGCAGCUAAAUAUCCUGCAUGUCUCAACUAAGACCCAGCACAGCCAAAUAAAUAAAUAAUAAUCAAAAGAGGUGAGGAUCUCUGGGGACCAUUCUUGGAACUGCCUGCCAGUCACACUGGUGUCUCCCCGCUAACCCCUUGCAACUAGCAAUAGUAAAUCAGCUAUAGCUCAUUGUUGUCAUCACUCUGCAUAGACAAGCUAUACUCUCCCAACCUUCACCCCACUAAAUUUGGUUCAGAUGUUGAAACUGAGGCCACUGCACAUGCACCAGGAGAAUAUGAAAUGAUUUAUUGCUCACAUAAUGAUGCUUUCUAGGGAGAUCAGGACUGGUUCCCAAGCUGGUCCAGUAAAGGAGAAAAAAAAAAGACUUGAAAGAGCAAAGAGAAGAGACUGAUAUGUAGUUUCAUGGUGGUUAGGGGGUGAGUGGGAUGAGGGUCCCUGUGUGUGGGUCAAGGCUUGUGUGGUUUGAACUGCCUGCUGGCAGCAAAGGAUGCCACAUGUGGGCUUUCUUAUCAGUUUUCCCAGAUGUACAGCAGGAGGGGAAAAGGAAGUGGUAGGGCUUGAAAACUGUCAGCAGUCAAAUAUCAAAAACGGAGUCAGACUCUUUAUUACCCUUGAACUUCAAUGGAUAAGAUCAGGUAUUAAGAUUCUAAGGUCUGAUUCUGUGGUGGAUCUGAUGGUUGAUUAUUGUGUUUGAACUCACCCACUCACAGAAGCACAUGCCUAAAAAAGUGAGUAGACUAUAAAUGUGUCCACAUAGUUUAAAAAUGUUCCAAUAGUUUUGUCCUCAAAAUAGUCACCUUGGGGAAUCUUUUCUCCUCCAAAUCACAAUGUUAUGAUUUAUCUAAAAUAUAUUGGCAUUUUGACAGUUGUAUUCAGCAAGUUUAUAUUUUGAUAAAAAGAGCUCAGUGUUUUUCAACUUUUGCUUUUCAGUUUUAAAAUGAUUUUUCUUUGUUUGCUACAUCUCUUCUUUUUUAGAAUUAACUUUAUUAAGGUAUAAUUUACAUACAAUAAAUCAAAUUUAUACAUUUUGAUGAAUUAUGACAAAUAUGCACACCU